UAUUUAUUGCGCACAGGAGAGCGAGUCGCGCACAUGUAAAAAAAAAAAUGAAGGCCAUGCUUUUCCUCCUCUUCAUCAUUUGGUUUGCAGAUGCAGAGCUGAAACCCAGGAAAGCUCGUCUGUCUCAUCUCUGACACGCAGGCUCUGCGGUGGUAUGUACUUUUAAAGACAAGACGUUCAGCCCAGGAGACAGCUGGCAUCCCUAUCUGGAGCCAUUUGGAUUUAUGUUCUGCAUGCGCUGCAUCUGCACUGAGAUAGGCCACGUGAAAUGUAACACAAUCAAGUGCCCGGCUCUGUCCUGUGAGAACCCAGUGGCUGUGCCUCAGCAGUGUUGUCCAAGGUGCACAGACGGGCCCAGGAUCCCUGCAGGCCUGAGAGCAUCAGUGAAGUCCUGCAGGCACAAUGGGAGUCUUUAUCAGCCGGGGGAAACCUUCACCAAGGUCGACCUCUUUCCAUCCAAGCAGAGCAACCAGUGUGCCAUGUGCUCAUGCUCCAAUGGAAACAUCUUCUGUGCUCUGAAAACGUGCCAACCAAUCACCUGUUCCUCUCCAGUGUCAGUUCCAGAUACCUGCUGUUUGGUGUGUAAAGAUCACGGCACCAGUGGGUCCUCAUCGGCUGAGGAUGGAAACCAGCAGCUGAACAGAGGCGUUAGGCACUCAGUCGACCAGUGUCCUGCAGAGCCGAGCAAGGUGCGGUCCGACCGUGCCACUGCGCCCAGGGUCAGGACUUCUCCCAGAGGCCUGAUCCUGAGUAAACUCAACCUCAAAGGGGCUUCGGAGACCACUGUGAAGAUUCUGUUGCAGAGGAAACAACAAAGAGCGUGUUUAUACAAUGGCAAGACGUACUCUCAUGGAGACAUGUGGCACCCAGUUUUGGGGAGGGUCCUGGAAUGCAUCCUGUGCACUUGUACUGAUGGCCUCCAGGACUGCAAACGCAUCACGUGUCCCAGCCAGUAUCCGUGCCAACAUCCCAUGAAGUCAGCGGGAAAGUGCUGCAAGACUUGUCCAGAGACCAAAGCUGAAAGUAACCGCACCCAGUGUUAUCCUGGAUUUAAAAACAGCGUCUUGGUGUAUAAAGUCGAAUCAUCUCUGAGACUCGACUCGUCCAGCGCAGUCAGGAUCAUCGCUGCUGAGAGAAAGAGAACUGCUGAAGUUGAAGUGCAAGCAUGGAAGACGGAUGAAGGUGUUUUGAAAAUAUUGGAUAUUGGUGACACUCAAAGAAAACACAUCAUGGAUCAUCCAGAAAAUUACACAAUGCUCACGACGCUUGAUGAAGACACAUGGAGUAAAUUUAAAGAGGAGGGAGGAAACCUGACGAAAGCUCCUCAGACCACGAUGUGUGAAGACGGGAUUCGGGAGGUGAUGACGUUCAUAAACCCCGCUCAGACUGAAGGCCUGUGCUCACCCUGAUACACACUCUUUGUGUCGAUGCUCCACAUAAGCACAUGGUUGAUAUACAUACUUCCUGUCAUGCAUGUUGCACUUGGAUCCUGAAUCCUUCCCUUUGUAAUGGUGGAGAUUCUAGUUAUGAUAUUGUUGCUCAUCAGUUAAUUCAGACAUCAUUGUGCAUCAUGUUUGAACCAUCGCAUAUUUGCAUUAUUUGAUUAUUAGGUUGCAAAACUAUGGGUAUUGCCAAAUUCUGAUAUAUUUAAAUAUAUAUAUUUAAAGAAUAAUGUCCUAAUAUUAUGAGAAUUAAGUCGUAAUUUAAUGAGAAAACUUUAGAAAAAUGUUUAUCUCAUUGUCACUUAAAAAAAUUCUCCACAUUCCUUGUGUUAACACAGUCUGAUCUUCUGAUUUUCCCCUUCUUUGACAUUUAGUCUAAGAUUACGACUUUAGUCUCGAAAUAUUUUGACUUUAUUCUCAUAAUAUUGCGGCUUUAUUCUUGUAAUAUAACAAUUUUACUCUCGAAAUCUCGAAAAUGUCCCCCUUUAAGUGGCCCUAAUACUCUGUCAUGUAAAACACAGGCUACAACUGUUCCGCCUCCACCUGUAAUAAUUCAAUAUGUUGGGAGACAAAAUGCAACAAAAGGUGAAGUGAACGUGGAGACAGCCUCCGUCUCCAGCUCUGAGUCUGUAGUUUGAGACUUUGAGGACAUUUAGGGAUCAGUAUUUUUCAAACAAACCCUUUACUUAAACAUAUAAAUAUAAUUUGUAUUUCAGAAUAUGCGGGGCAAGCUGCCAUGUUCUGGAAUGUAAAGGGUUUAUUAAAGGAUGUAUGAUCAACAUACUGUAUUUAUUGUAAAUAUUGAGGGUUUUUUGGCACCUUAUUUAAAGCGUUUUGGUUCUUGUAUGAUUUCUGUAUAUACAGUACAUUUGUGUGGUUGAAUGUUUUUCCCCUUUGCAUGAAGUAGCAAGAGGCAUCGCAUUGUGGUAAAUGCACAGUUUUAUCCAAACAGUGGUUUGUUAUCACAGCCUAAUGACAUCUUACAACUCCACAUACCAGAACUAUUUCAAUUUUAAGUGGCCAUUGUUGAUGUAGCUGAAUUCACUCUGUACCCCCCUGCUCACAAUUUUAACCCAUAAAGUUUUGUCUGUGUUUUACACCA